AUGGACCAAGCAGACGGCGAGCCAGGACAGCACGCUAGCCCGCACGAUCGUGUUUUGCAUGAGAUUAUGUCGGCUAUAAGAGCCCUUACCGCUAAUAUGUGCUCUCUGGAGGCACGGGUGGAUCAGGUUUGCGCUUACCGUCCCGUUUCACCUGCGACCGCGGCGUCGACGCACGGUCCCCUCGCUGCGCCAUCUGCUCCGGUUGCCACUUCAUUGCGUGAGCCAAACAUUCCUCACCCGGCCCGCUAUGGUGGGGAACCUGGUUCGUGCGGCCAGUUUUUGCAUCAGUGUUCCCUGGUUUUUGACCAACAGCCCCUCACGUACUCCUCCGAUAGAUCCAGAGUCGCGUUCGUUAUGAGCCUCCUAACCGGUAAAGCGGCAGCGUGGUCCAUGGCGAUCAGCAAUCAGUACCCCGAGAUUCGGAACACCUUUCCUGGUUUCGUGGAGGAAAUGAGGAAGACUAUUCUGUCUCUUUCCGCAUCCUCGCUGCAGAGAGCGGCUUUGACGACGCGGCUUUAUGCAGUAUCUUCCGGAGGGGGCUAA